AUGGCCCAGCCACCGCCCGACGUCGACGGGGACGACUGUCUCCCCGAGUACCGCCACCUCUUCUGCCCGGACCUGCUGCGGGACCAGGUGGCCUUUAUUACUGGAGGGGGCUCCGGGAUUGGCUUCCGAAUUGCUGAGGUCUUCAUGCGGCAUGGGUGCCACACAGUCAUCGCCAGCAGGAGCCUGCCGAGAGUGUCGAUGGCCGCCAAGAAGCUGGUUGCGGCCACGGGCCAACGGUGCCUGCCUUUGUCUCUGGAUGUUCGAGAUCCCCCAGCCAUCACAGCCGCAGUGGAUGAGGCCCUAAGGGAGUUUGGCAGAAUUGACAUCCUUGUUAAUGGUGCUGCUGGGAACUUCCUAUGCCCUGCCAGUGCCCUAUCCUUCAAUGCCUUUAAGACUGUGCUGGACAUUGACACUGCUGGCACCUUCAACGUGUCCCGCGUGCUCUACGAGAAGUUCUUCCGGGACCAUGGAGGGGUGAUCAUCAACAUCACCGCGACUCUGGGCCUCCGGGGGCAGGUGCUUCAGGUGCACGCAGGAGCUGCCAAGGCCGCUGUGGACACCAUGACAAGGCACCUGGCUGUGGAGUGGGGCCACCAGAACAUCCGUGUCAACAGCCUGGCCCCCGGCCCUAUCAGCGGCACCGAGGGCUUCCGACGGCUGGUCAGCCCCCAGGGCAGCACCGUCCUGCGGUCCACCGGGAUACCACUGCAGAGGAUAGGAAACAAGACGGAGAUCGCCCAUGGCGCACUCUACCUCGCCAGCCCUGCGGCGUCUUACGUGACGGGAGCCGUGCUGGUGGCUGAUGGUGGUGCGUGGCUGACCUCGUCCAACAACACCGGAAUGGUACCACCUCCCAGUGCCCCAGCCAGUGCCGAGCAGAACCGAGAGCCCACAGUCCAGAAAUUUCACCCAACAGAGGAGAGUGAUGUAAACCAGAUCAUGGGAAACCUGGGGCUAAAAAAGGAAGCUCGGAUCACAUGCCAACAUCACCGCCCUCCACAGUCCGUGGUUGUCACGGGUGGCGAGAUGGCAGCCGGGCGGUCCUUCGGUUACGAGCCACAAGGGCCGCACUUUCCACAAGAACGCCUGCCUCCGCCGCUGUGCGCGGGACCUCGGGAGUGUCUCGGCUUCCUCGGGGAAUGCUGCGUCCCCAGCGCCGCGGGCGAGCGGGCAGCGGAGGACCGGCCCCGCCUGCGGGCCGUGUUCGAGGCCCUGGACGGCGACGGGGACGGCUUGGUGCGCGUCGAGGACUUCGAGCAGUUCGCCACCGCGUACGGGGCCGAGCAGGUGAAGGACUUAACCAAGUACUUGGACCCUGGUGGGCUCGGGGUGAUCAGCUUUGAAGACUUCUACAGAGGGAUUUUGGCCAUCAGAAACGGAGGUGUGCGCUCCAGUGUCUGCUGCAGGUGUGUACUCCGGUCUCUGCUGCAGGUGUGUGGUGUGGUGUCUGCUGCAGGUGUGUGCUCCGGUGUCUGCAGCAGGUGGGUGGUGUGGUGUCUGCGGCAGGUGUGCGCUCUGGUGUCUGCUGCAGGUGUGCGCUCCGGUGUCUGGCUGCAGGUGUGCGCUCCGGUGUGUGGCUGCAGGUGGGUGGUGUGGUGUCUGCUGCAGGUGUGCGCUCUGGUGUCUGCAGCAGAUUCUGAGGGCCUCCUGUAUGGCGUCGCCCCUGCCCAGGAUGAGGAAAGCUCAGCCUGCCCUGACGACUUUGACGAUUUUGUCACCUAUGAGGCAAGUGGCCUGCUUGAUCCCGCACCGCCUGCUCUUUCGGAGUGUGGCCUUCUGACAGAGGAGCUGUGCUGUCCUAAGCCUGCUGGUCUGGUGGCUGUGGUGCCGGAUAAUCUUAGCUCCUUUCAGAAACCACUGGAGGUGCCUUCUGUGUGA